AUGGCGGCCAGCGCCAGCAGCACCAUGAAGGUCAGCUUCGAUGGGCUGCAGGCGGUGCCGGCGGCGGUCAUGGAAGGCACGCAGCAGAAGCAGUAUGCCUGGGAUGGCCGGCGGCUGCGGGCACUGGAGGCAGAGGACUGGGAGCAGGGGGCGGCGGCGGCGCGCACCCUGCGGGGCCGCAUCCGCCAUGCUGUGCACGACCUGCGCUCCGCCUUCUUUCCCAACCCGGACGAGUCGCUGCUGCAAGCGGUGGGCGUGGGCGCCCGGCGCUCGCUGCCGGCCGCCGCCACCAUCAACUGGGUGCUCAAGGAUGGGCUGGGGCGGCUGGGGCGCCUCACGGUGGCCACGCGCUUCGGGGAGUCGUUUGACUCAGACCUCAAGCGCUUCCGCUACGCCACCAGCAUCAUCUAUGCGGUCAGCCUCAGCUUGGAGUUCCUGACGCCGCUGGCGCCACAGCACUUCCUGGUCAUGGCCAGCCUGGCAAACGUGGGGAAGAGCAUCGGCCUCACCACCUUCAUCGCCACGCAGCCCGCCUUCCACCGCAGCUUCUGCCUGCGGGAGAACCUGGCUGACAUCUCGGCAAAGACACAGGCGCAGCAAAUGGUGAUGGACAACAUAGGGCUGGCGGCCGCGGUGGGCCUCACUUACCUCUGCAGGCACACAGAGGCGGCGCGGCGCGCUCUUCCUCUGGUCAUGUUCCCGCUGCUGGCGGCGGGCGACCUGUGGGCCAUCUAUAGCGAGCUGCGCUCCAUCCACCUGCGCACCCUGAACAAGGAGCGGGCUGAGAUCAUUGCGCAGCACUGGCUGCGAGAGGGGCGCGUGCCCUCGCCGCGCCAGGUCAGCGAGGAGGAGCGCUUUGUGCUGCCGCCUCACAUCGAGGUGGGGCGCAUGCCGCUCACCAUCAGCUCGCUGGACCAAGCGGUGCAGAGCAGCCAGGACCUGCAGCUGCUGGAGCAGCAGGACAGGGGCGACCAUUACUUCCUGACCUUCACCUCUCCUGGAGGCUCAAGCAGCAGCCCUAGCAGCAGCAGCAGCAGCAGCGACGGCAGCGGCCCGGCAGGCAGGGGUCGGCGAGGGCUGCUGCCGCCGCCGCUGCCGCUGCCUUGGCAGUUGGGGCGGCACGCCGGCAGCGUGCGUGUCUGCCUGAGGCAGGACGCCGCAGAGCCGGACAUAGUACAGGCGGUGCUGCAGGCAGCCUACUUGCGGCAGCUGUUGGGCGUGCCGCCUGCAGGCAGCAGGCACCCAGUGGCGUCCGCGGCUGACGACAGGGGCAGCGCAGUGGACGUGCAGCAGGCAGUCACCGACAGCGGCAGCAAAGCCCGCGGCAGCCUGAAGCCGUUCAUCUCCCAGUUGCAGGAGCAGGGCUGGCAGCUGGCGCCCUUCAUGCUGAGCAGCACCGAGAAGCAGCGAUACCUGAGGUUCUGGACUGGAUUGAUUUACACUCCAUAUGUCCCCCGAGGCGACAUCGACGCCGACGACCUCCUGGUGCAGAUCCCCAAGAACUGCAGCGACAAGCUGCUGAGCGACAAGCUGAAGCGGCGCUGCAAUGCAUGCGCCAGCCGCACGACACUCAAGUCGUGCCUAGCAACAAAUGCCCAGACGUGGCAUCAAAGCAAAGACAUUGAGUCGUGCACGUGGGUGUCCUAUAAUGCGCGGCACGAGACGGUGCGAGAACUCAACUUCACGCUAGGCGUCAACUUUCCAAACUACUACAUCUCACGAACAGACCCUCGCAUCUGUGCCGUCACACGCGAGUACACAGUUGAGAGCGGCCCAGAAUAUACGGCAUCUUAUUUCACCAGCUUUGGGGAUGUCGUGCGGGACGAUGGCACGGAUCUGCCCUGGGGCUUGCGCCCAGAGGCAGGCUGCGCCGUCAAGUGGCCCGAGACCAAGUGCCGGCUCAAGUUCUACCAGACACCUAACAUCUCGGUGGCCGUGUCCCAGCGAGACAUGCUUGCUUGUGUGGUGCGGUAA